ACAUCGGAAUUGGACGAAUUAUAUAUGAAAAUCGACUAUCUCGACGAGACGGAGCCAUCCAAACCUACCCCAUGUGGUUCGGUUUAAGUUCUUAGAUUCCCCAAAUUCCUUAUGGUUUGAGAGAUAAUUACAAUUUUGUCCGUUUUUACUAUUUUUAGUAAUAAUUUAGGAGUCUGUUUUGUUUAGGAAACAAAUCCGAUUUGAUCUCAGAUUUGACCGGUGGACUUUCCUAUCCAUAAGGAGUCUUUUUAGGAGUUUUAAUGUUUUAGGAAUUCUUUACCAUUUUUGGUAAGUUGAGAGUCAUUAUAGGAAUUAGAGUCCUUGUAGGAGUCUUGUUUCUUUUUCUAUUUAAGAAGAGUCUUGUAAGACCUAGAGGCAUAACUUUUGAUUAAUAAAAUUUUAUUUUUCCUUAAUAUUUCUUUGUGGAUUCGAAGCUCUUCGUGGAUUCGAAGAUCGUUCUUUGUGGAUUCAGAGAACACCCUUGGUGGAUUCUGAGGUUACAACUUCCGCGCUGUGUCAAUUGGUAUCAGAGACUUGUUCAUCCGAUCCGAUGGCAGGUGAUGAAGCCCCUAUCUCUCGAACUGAGUUUGACGUGCUAAAGGCCGAUGUCAAUCAGAUGAAGACUGUCGUGGAGCGAAUAGCAGCGGCAGUAGAGCGUCUGGAGAUUGUAGGAGAUCGAAAUUGUGUUGAUGGUCGCCAACGACAUGAACCGACUCCGUAUGAAGAUUCCGACAGCGAGGAAGAUCACUAUGCACCCCCACGCCACGGUGUUUAUCGCAGAGACCGACGACAAAGGGAUAAUUAUGACGCUGGAGGUUUCAAGAUGAAGAUGGAUCUGCCAUCUUUCAACGGGCAACUUCAUAUUGAAGAGUUUCUCGACUGGAUUGCAGAAGUAGAGAGGUUCUUUGAGUAUAUGGAGAUCCCUGAAGAACGUAAGGUUAAAUUGGUGGCCUACAGACUCAAAGGUGGAGCUUCGGCUUGGUGGGAGUCUAUUUGUCUGAAUCGAUCUCGUCAAGGAAAGCCGAAGGUCGAUAGGUGGGAAAAGAUGAAGAAGCUACUGAGAGCCUGUUUCUUACCAAGUGAUUAUGAACAAGUUUUAUUUGGGCAGUAUCAAAAUUUUAGGCAAGGUGGAAGAACCGUGGAUGAGUAUACGCAGGAGUUCUAUCGACUGUCAUCCCGUAACAAUUUACACGAGAGCGAGGCGCAGCAGAUGUCUCGAUACAUUGGGGGAUUAAGGAUAGCGAUUCAAGAUCGUGUAUCUUUACAGCAUACCUAUACAUUGGCAGACACGGUUAGCCUAGCCGAGAAGGUGGAGCGACAGCUUGGACGAAAUAGUAAAGGAUCGUGGGCAGCUUCUGACGGUUCGCGGACGAACUUUAAUCGUUGUGGGAAUAAGCAGUCUCAAACUGUUCCUGAUCAAGAUUCUACGACAGAGAAGGGCAAGGGGCCAGCGACAACCGUAGUGAAGAAGCCUACUCCAGUGAACCCUUAUGCCAAACCUGACCCAAUCAAGUAUUGUAGAUGCGGACAGCCUGGUCAUCGUUCCAAUCAGUGCCCUAAAAGAGGUACAGUGAACAUGGUGGAUCAUGAAGAUGAGGAUACAGACCGAGACGAUGCUGAAAACUAUGAUGAUGGGUUGGAUGCUGAUGAUGGAGAACAACUCUCAUGUGUUGUGCGACGACUAUUGUUGGCUCCAAAGGCAGAAGAACCACCACAGAGGCAUAAUAUCUUUCGAACGAGAUGUACGGUGCAACAGAAUAUCUGCGAUGUCAUCAUUGAUAGUGGGAGCAGUGAGAAUAUUGUAUCUCGGCACAUGGUAUAGAAGUUAGGUCUG